UAAAGGUAAUAGAAAACAAACGGACGUGUAUAUUGGAAAUGUUUAAUGUGCAAAAGGAGGAAAUUUCCGACGACGAAGUUGGCAAAAUCAUUAAGAAGGAUUUUGAAAAUGGGCUCAUUAACGAAUAUCUGUUAUUUGGAGAGGAUCGCGUUUGUCUGCCAAGAUAUUUCGAGCAAAGAGCCGCAGAUGUUGAUGCCCUCGAAAUCAGUAACGAUGACGUCAUCCUGGCGUCAUUUCCAAAAUCAGGUACAACGUGGGUGAGGGAAAUGGUGUGGCUUAUCGAAAAUGACCUGAAUUACGAAGGAGCUAAGGUUGACUUACGCGAACGAUUCCCCGAGCUACCCGGAAUUUUCAACCCAAGGUUUGAGGCAAACGAUCCCAACUUCGGCAUUGUACUUAAGGAGUUCAAAGCAGCAAGUGGAAGGAGGCUCAUCAAGACUCACUUGCCAUUUUCCUUGUUACCUAGGCAAAUAAGAGAUGGGACAAAGACACCGAAGAUUAUCUUUGUGAUGCGAAACCCGAAGGACGUGUUCGUCUCUUACCACCACAUGGGCCUCCUCAUGAUGGGCUGGCUUGCCAAUCGCGAAGACUUCGCCAAGGCCUUUCUGGCGGACAAAGUGCUGUACGCACCGUACUGGCAGGUGGUCCACGGUUAUUGGACGAGGCGCGCUCUGCCAAAUGUUCUCAUCUUGAAAUACGAGGAGAUGAUCAAAGAUCUUAAGUCCGUCCUCUUAAGGACUUCCGCCUUUUUGGGGAAGGACCCGAUGAGCGAGGAGCAACUGGAACGGCUAUGUGCGCACCUAAGCUUCGACAGCAUGAAAGGGAAUCCGGCGGUGAACUCGCAAAAGUUGGUGAUGCAGAGGAGGACGUAUAACCCCAACGCCAAUGGAUCCUUCAUGAGAUCGGGGAGAAUUGGAGACUACAAGGCGGAAAUGAGUCCUCGGAUGGUUAGUGCCUUUGACGCGUGGAUUAAGAAGAAUAUCCAGAAUACGGACUUUGACGAACAGUACGCUUACUUCGGCCAAAUUUAGUACCUAAUUAAAGCUGCCCCCCUACUAGAAAUCCACUGUGAUUAUAACCUAGAAUUAGCCUCUGGGCCGUAAAUAAAUGACCUUAU